GGAAAAUUUUAGUACUUACAACAAAAUAUUUUUUUCUAUGAAAUUUGUUUAAAAGUAGCCAUAUAAAUUUUAAAUAUGAGUUUUUGCUUGAUUCUGAUUGCAUUAAUAGGAAUUCUCUAGCAUUAUGAUCAAACCUUUCAUAUGGGAUCUAUGGUACAUCUCAUGUUAGGUUAUUUUUUUUUUGCUUCCUCUUUAAGUUUUUAAGGAUCCCAUAUAAACCGGCUUUCUCAUAUAUUGUCGCUCUUUGGAGAAAUUUCCAAGGGCAUGUUCUCUUUUCCAUUUAGCUUCCCCUUUCCAUUUAACUAUGAUGUGAAUUUGCAUGUAUCCGAUGCCUAUUGGGAUGUCUUUGGUAUCAGGGGUAGAUCACCGGUGGUGGUGAUGGUUUGGCCUUACAAGGGGAUGUGGCUUAUAGUAUGAUGAAUUCCAUCAAAAAUGUACAAGGGCUUCUCGCUGCCUCUCAACCUAAAUGUCAGUUAAGCAUUUUUGCUCUAUGUUUUAUAUUGAUAAUUAUAAUAGUUAUUAAUUAUUAUUAAUGAUAAUUAUUUAGCUUAUAGAAUUUUUUUUUAUCAUCUAUAG